GCCUGAAGGGGCCACAGGGCGGAAAAAGGAGACGAAGAGAGGAGAAUGUGCUGGAAAGUAGCCUUCGCCUGGUCUCGCUCUUGCGCGGUUGAUUUCAGCCGGAACCAGAGCUUCUCCUUCGGCCUGUGCGGCUCGGAUGAGCACUGCUAUUCGUUUUAUGGGUACAUCAUCGCCUACCCGUUGCAGGACUACGCCGGCAUCAUGUCGGCCUUGGGCUCGGAUUCCUGGUGGAGGAAAACGCUGUAUCUGACGGGGGGCGCUCUCCUCGCAGCCGCAGCAUAUCUGCUGCAUGAGCUGUUGGCCAUUAGGAAAGAGCAGGAGCUGGACUCCAAAGAUGCCAUCAUACUCCACCAGUUCUCGCGGCCGCGCUGCGGAGUCCCCAGCCUGUCCCCCCCUUGCCUCAAGAUGGAGACCUACCUGCGGAUGCUGGGCCUACCCUAUCAGAACUACUUUGACGGGCGGUUGUCAGCGCAGGGUAAGAUGCCGUGGAUCGAGUACAACGAGGAGCAGGUGAGCGGCACCGACUUCAUCAUGGACUUCCUGGAGGACAAGCUGGGCAUGUCCCUCAACCGCAGCCUCACGCCCCACCAGGUGGCGCUCUCCCACGCCAUCACCAAGAUGGUGGAGGAGCACCUCUACUGGACCAUAGCAUAUUGCCAGUGGGUGGAUAACCUGGAGAAGACGGAGGCAAUGCUGGCAGUGAGCGGCCCGAUGAGCCACGUGCUCACGCGGAUCCUGAGUCACCUGACCAGCGGCAUCGUCAAGCGGGAGAUGUUCGGCCACGGCAUCGGCCGCUUCUCCAAGGAGGAGGUCUACCUGCUGAUGGAGAAGGACAUGCGCGCGCUGGCCAUCCUGCUCGGUGAUAAGAAGUACAUCAUGGGCCCAAAGAUGUCCUCUGUGGAUGCCACCGUGUUCGGCCAUCUUGCCCAGGCCAUGUGGACAUUACCAGGCACUCGCCCCGAACAGCUCAUCAAAGGCGAGCUGAUCAACUUAGCCAUGUACUGCGAGCGCAUCCGCAGGAAAUUCUGGCCCGAGUGGUUCGUGGACGUGGAUGACUUCUACUACGACGGCUCUUUGGACGACAGCACCGAGUCCUCUUCGCACCUCCUGGACCUGGGUCUGUACUCGCGGACCGGCUCCAGCUUCCAGGACGAGUCCAACACGCACACACCGCACACGCCACACACGCCGCACACACCACACAUGCCACACACACCACACACACCACACACACCGCACCCGCACCUGCACACACACCCUCACACACACUCGCUAGACUCCUGCAGCCUGCACACGCCAGACAGCGACCACACGGGCAAGUCUCUCUUCGACUCCGAUAUGGACACAGAGUUCUCCGACAUGGACCCUCCCAAGGGUUUAGAGUGACUCCCAUGAUGCCUUGCACGCUCCGCAUCCAUUUCCUGUCCCGUCCCAUCCCCCUCCUGUCCCGACUUCACAAAAACGCUCUUGCCCAAUUAAGGGUUUGAUGAAGAAGACGGAGUUGUCACACCACAAAGGUGAUGAUAAAAGUGAUGAUGAUGAUGAUGAUGAUGAUGAUGAUGUUGAUGGUGAUGAUGAUGGUGAUGAAGACAAAGACAGAAGCAAAAGCAUGAUAGCACCAGGAGAGGAGGGAAAUGAGCAGAGAGAUAGUGACAUAGAAAGGGAGAGGGAGAGAAAGAGAGAGAGAGAACGAUAGCGAAAAACGAAAGCGAAAGUGAAAGCGAAAGCCGGAGUCGAUGAUGACAUUUUGCUGAGUGACUCCAGCUACAGUCAGGUCAGGUGACGUCCUGUUACCACGGUAACAGCAUGUCCACCUCCACCUGUCCUCCUCCACCUCCCCGUAAGCCGGUGUGUGUUUUUAGAGUUUUAUAGAGUCUUGAGUUCCUCUCUUAUCAUGGCACCUGGCCUGGCCUCAGGUUGCUACGGUAUGGUCACCCCCAGUGUCCUAAUUGUAAUAAUACUGUAUGCCAUUGAAGAAGACAUGAUGGGCUUACUUACAGUGCUGUGCGUCUCCUGUUAAUAAUAUCCACGUUCCAACAUCGUCGGUUCGAAUACUACGGUCUUUCAUCUUGCAAAUUCAUGGUUGUUCAUUCGUGUGUGUGUGUGUGUGUGUGCGCGUGCGUGUGUGUGUGUGUGGUGUGGUGUGGUGUCCAUGGCCCUCUGGAGCACACGGUGUGUUGUGUGUUUGCUAUAAGUGUGUAUAUGUGUGUGUGUGUGUGUGUGUGUGUGUGUGUGUGUGUGUGUGUGUGUGUGUGUGUGUGU